AUGUGGCCAGCGAUUCCUUUGAACACUGUUAUUAUUUUAUCGUUAUGUGAAUUAUCAUUUCUUGUUGACUUCAAUAACGCUCAGCCAGAUCCAUCGUUGGCCGCUGGUGAGAUUGAGAGUUCUACAGAAAGUGCAGUAAACGAUGAUAAUAAUAGUACUAGUAAUAUCAGUAAUAUCAAUAAUAUUAAUAUUUCGUAUUUAGAUGAGCCAGAGUGUUCCUUAUCGAAUAUACGUCAGAUGCUUGGCCAUGAUGACUUCUCAUUGCUGGGCAUCUCGGCGAACUGCCUGAUAUUCUUCGUGACUGGUGAUGAGAUUGCAGAGGGUCAUUUUGAUUUAUCACGGAUUACUGAUAAGCCUGGCAAAUGCAAAGAUCCGAAACCAAUCUUUUAUAAGCAAGAUAAUGGGUGCGGUGAAAGUAAGGUUGUCACGAAAGAACUGACCCAACUCAACUUUAUCAUUAUACCUCUUGUGUUCACGUUGAAUUUUGGGUAUUCAUGUGGAAUUUCAGAAUACAAAAUUCUGGUUGCUCAGAAGAAGUCAGUUUACACUUCGGGCUGUAAGUGGGAAGAGCACCAAUCUUAUCACAGCUGCAAGUUCAGUCGAUCGGCAUGGAUGAAAAAAUCGGUAGCUCCAGAUGGAGACGUUGAUGAGAUUAUCGGGCACGUAACAGACCUGAAUACAGAUAUUUUACAUAUUCUCUACACUAACGAAGAAGCUUCGAUGUUCGAUGCAAUGUAUAAUAUAUCAUCACAAAAUUUCGUCGCUACUGCAAAAAUUGAUGAAGCCAGUUUCAAAAUCAGUUCAUUCGAUUCGGAUUUAAUGGUCAGUGACGACUUCGAAAAACUUCAGACUAUUUGA